AUGGCCUUCUUCGACGACCAUAAGCCCUUGCCGCCCCCCGCCAAAGACGAGAAGCUGCCCUCGCUGCCUCCGCUCGAUUUUGACGGCCCCGACGCACCCCUGCCCCCGCCCAAGAUUGUCCACGACCUCGCCGACGACCCUGCUCCUCCUCCCCCACACAAACCCUCUCCCAUCAAUGUGAAGGCCUCUCUCGGCGCAUCGGAUCUGUCCCUAGGCUCUGCCCCGCUCACCCCCGCGACGCCUCUACCUGGGGCGUUACCGCCAGCGCCUUCAUCACCCGCGGCCGACGGGAAACCCAAGAAGGCGAAUCCACUCACCGACCUCAUCGACACCGAAAAGCUCUACGUAGAGCUGCUUACGGGCAUCAUCCGAAAAGUCGCGGCGGCAUGGUCUCGGUCGAAUCUACCUCCCCCGGAGCUGGACAGCAUGUUUCGGAGUAUAGAGCGUAUUUACAAGGCCAAUCGUUCGUUGCUUUCGAAACUGAAGGAGAUUGGAACAAAUCCCAAGGGACUAGGCGAUCUGUUGAUGCAAUGGAUCGAUGAUUUGGAGGGGCCCUACACCAUGUACUCCACCAAGUACUGUAGCGGGUUCGAUGCCUGGGAGCCGGUCCAAACAAACGCAAGGGUUCGCACGAUCCUGGCGAUGUUUUCUUCAUCGCACCCUCCCCCUCUACCGAAUACGGCUCCCGCGCACCCGUCCGAGCCGCCCAUCUGGACUCUGGAUGAGCUCUUCUUGCUCCCGAAGGGGCGCAUCAAGUACUACAAGAAGCUCUACAACCGCCUACUCAAGAGCACCACCCCUGGACGGAGUGAUCAUCGGCUGUUGUCUAGCGCUUUGGACAAGUUAGACAAACUUUUGCAAACAAUCGACAGUCGAGCAGACAUCCGCGUUGGCAGCGGCCCCAUCCCGAAAGAGACAGUGCCGCUUGAGGCCGAGGAUGAAGUGGUGAUCGACAUGCGCACCCGACAGAGCACCCUGGAGCCACAGCCACGGGUGCCGGCAUCGACUCCGGGCUCUCCUUCUCAGCGCGCCAGCGAUUCCACGCGGACGAGCGAGAGCCAUUCCAGCAGUGGUCGGCGCUCGGUGGACACUGCGCCCACUACGGACGGCCGUGCGUCGACGUCUACGCUAUCCAUGCCCAUCACAGACCUGGAGAAACGGCUGUCCACGGAGCGAACAUUAGACAUUUUCACUAUGAAGCCCAAGCAAGUACGUUUGCAGAUCGCACCUCCGAACCUACAUUAUACCCGAGAGCUGCGCUGCUCUACAUCUGUGGUCAUCACCUUCGUUCCGCGGACAACCGGGGAAGACGUCGUUCAAGAACGUGGGCAUGUCUUCUUGCUGACCGACCUGAUGUUGGUAUGCGAGAAGAUGACACCGAAGGAGAUGGAGAUCAACGGGAGCAACGGUCAAGACAUGUGGCUACUAUACCCGCCUCUUGCAGGCAAACAUCUACGCGUCGCGCCCGUGGAUGAUUACACCCUGUCUGUUAUGAUCCUCCGCAAAGAAACUCUCAUGAUGCGCACCGACUCGACGGCAUCUCGCGACCGUCUCAUCGCAGACUUCCGCGAGUGCAUUGACACUGCUUCGUCAUUGUUCCCGUCUUCCAAGAAUCCCCCUCCCCCAGUACCUGCGAUGCCACCCCUGCCUGGUUCUAACGUUUCAAGACCGCCUUCUGUGCCGCUUAAUCGGGGCAACUCCAAUGGUGGUACCCCAGAACGAGCUAUGUCUCCUGCGAGCGUCCAUUCGCGGUCGUCGGGUACACCCUCGCGAGUAAACUCCGCAGGCGCUGCCCUCGCUGAUGCGGCCCUCAUGGGCGAGCUGAACAAGAUGAACUUGGGACCGACAUCCCCCACCGGUGCCCCCAACCAGCCGUACCCUCCACGCACAACUUCUGCAGGCCAAGGCCCUACAGGUCCAAAUUCCUUCGCUCCAGGUUCAAUCAUGCCCGGGCAAACGUUCGGUCCUGGGCAGGUUAUGCAGAAACCUUUCGGCCCCGGCUCUGUCAUGGGCCCCCAAGCAUUUGGUCCUGGCCAAGGCAUGCCUCCCAUGGGGCGCCCUCCUGGAGCAUUCCCACCGGGCCCUGGAAUGCCUCCGCAACGAAACCCCAACAUGGGACCAGGUCCCGGCGGGCCUUCUAUGCCCCCACAGCGCCAUCCCAGUCUUACCAGCGGUCCACCUCAAGUGGGGGUAUCCUUCCAAGGCCCCGGGGCACGUCCUGGUAUGGGCCCGGGUAUGGGCCCGGGCAUGGGUCCUGGCAUGGGCAUGGGUCCCGGCAUGGGUCCCGGUAUGGGUCCUGGUAUGGGAGGACCUCGUCCCGGGAUGAACGGACAAGCCUUCCCCCCGCCUCGGCCCCCUUCGGAGCCCGCCAUGGACGGUCUACGCAAGAUCGGCGGUGUCCCUGGCCCAUACGGCGGGCCCCAACCUCCCAUGCCCGGCUACCCAGGCGAUCUACCGCCUCCGAAACCAGGCUACUUGCAACGCAAUGGCUCAUCGAGCUCCCUCCCCAAUAUGGCCGACGGCGGUCUCAUCGCUCCUCAGCCCCGUACACUCCUUCCCUCUACACAAAUGAGCAUGCGCUCUGUCUCAACCGCCGGUUCCUUCUCCAUCGAAGACCCCAGUCCGCCGGGGUCUCCAGUCCAGGAAAUGCCACAGCAUACCGGGCCUACGACCUCCGUCGUCUCCGCGCAGAUGAAGUGUAAGAUCUUCCUCAAGCAGCAACACGCGCAAUGGAAGUCACUCGGGAGCGCACGGCUACGGCUGUACCGCGAGAGCCCUACGAACGUCAAGCAACUCGUUGUUGAAGCCGACGACAAGCACAAGACAGUGCUCAUCUCGACUAUCGUCCUCACAGACGGCGUUGAGCGCGUUGGCAAGACGGGCGUUGCGAUCGAGCUCAGCGACCGCGGGCUCCGGACGGGUGUUGUGUAUAUGAUUCAGCUUCGGAACGAGAAGAGUGCGGGUGGGCUGUUCGAGGAACUGCUUUCCGGCUCCGAUCGUCGAUGA